AUGUUUUUACAAUAAUAAUUAUGAUAUAGCCAUCCAAAAUGUUCACGAGAAUAACUCUCAACUUUACGAAAAGAAACUUCUCCAGUGAAGUUGGCGGAAAAACUACUGCCCUAUACAACUUUCACUUGAAAAACGGUGGAAAAAUCGUUAAUUUUGGUGGGUUUCUCUUACCAGUUCAGUAUAAUGAUUUGAAGAUAGUCAAUUCACACUUAUUCACACGAAGAAGCGCUUCACUUUUCGAUGUAUCGCAUAUGCUUCAAACGGAAAUAAGAGGAAAAACUUGUAUUGACUAUGUGGAAUCGACUUGCACCGCAGACAUACAGGGUAUGGAAGAUAAUACAGCCAGUCUGACCGUAUUUCUCAACGAGAAAGGGGGCAUUCUUGACGAUUUGAUAGUGACAAAAAUUUCAGAGGAGCAUUUGUACAUUGUUUCGAACGCCGCUAGGCGAGAACACGAUCAAACAUUGUUAUUGAAAGCUUUGGAUGCCCACAAGAAGCGAUAUCCUAGUGCCGAUAUAAACGUGACUUUUUUCGAUCCCUCAGAAAAAAGUUUGAUAGCAUUGCAAGGCCCAAAGGCAGCUGAAGCAUUAACGAGUAUAACAGAUGUAGAUAUUUCCAAGUUGUACUUCAUGAACACCCUGGUAGGAAACGUUGCCAAUGUUCCAGAUUGCAGGAUAACCAGAUGCGGUUAUACGGGAGAAGAUGGAUUCGAAAUUUCGGUGCCUUCCUCAAAUAUUGAGCAAGUGUCGGAGGCCUUGAUUGCGAAUGAAAAUGUCAAGUUGGCUGGUCUUGGAGCACGAGAUUCUUUGAGGUUGGAAGCCGGCCUUUGUCUAUACGGAAAUGAUAUUACUGCAGACACCACCCCAGUUGAAGGAGCUUUGACUUGGCUCGUCGCGAAAAAGAGACGAGAAUUGAAGAAUUUUCCCGGAGCUGAAGUGGUUCUCGAGCAGAUCAAAGAAGGUUCAAUGGUUAAGCGAAUAGGUUUGAUAUCUGAAUCGGGCCCACCGGCACGACAAGGUGCCAUUAUUUUAGGAGCAGACAGCCGACCAAUAGGACACGUGACGUCAGGAUGUCCGUCCCCUUCAUUGGGCAAAAAUAUAGCGAUGGGAUACGUUCCCGUGGGCCAAAGCAAGAAAGGAACCGAACUCAGCUUGAAAAUCAGAGAUAAAAUCUACGAGGCUGUAGUCAGUAAAACGCCGUUUGUGCCUGCUCAUUAUUAUACCAAGAAGAAAUAGAGUGGAUGCUCGAAGAGGUUUCAUCGAUUUAUUCCUAUAAUAAUGAUGAAUACACCUUUGAUAUACCUUACAGAUAUAAAGUGCUCAAAGAAACAAGUGGACCACUGAAAUUAUCGACAAUUUUCAAACUGCCAUAACUUUUCGAAAAAUUAAUAGAUUUUCAGUCGGAAUGCAGUGUUUGGAAGAUGCGAUUUUUCUGUUCAAGAUUCCAUGUUCAAAACUCGUCGGGAGUUUUUCUGUCAUUAUACACCAAGUGUUCCAAAAAAUUAUUACAAAAUUGAAAAAAUUCUAACGCUUCCGUAUUCCAGGGAUUUUUUUCAAUUUUUCUAUUAAGAGUUUUUUCCGAAAGUUAAAGCCAAUAUUUCGAAACGGUUUUGUAAUCUUCCAUAUUCCUCAUACAGGAUGUUGAAAAUCGAUGAUUUUUCAUUUUUAGGUUUUCAUCACAUCAUUUCUGAUUUUAAAAUUAUGCAAGCCACAUUCAACGUAUUUUGCCACUUUAUACGAGGGAACACAUCCUAGAAAAUGAAUUCAUAUUGCGUUGAAAUCAUCGACAACUUUAACAAGGGAAGAAUUUUUUUUAAAGAAAUGUUCAAAAUUUGGUGAAAUCGUCUGUUCAGUUUGGUGCUGCCAUAACCAUAUGCUAUGCUAAACACAAAUCCUUUUUUUGGAUCGAUUCCUCUGCUCAAUAUCUCGAAUUGAUAUCUUGAUUCUUCAGAUAAGGCAAGGUGUUGCAGUGGUAUUAAUUGCGUAAAUGAGUGUUGAAUACAGGAAAUCGACUUUUUCGAUUGAUUUCCGAUUACGCGAUGAAAAACUUUGUGAUAAAUAGGUUUCUUGACUUCAUGUCAGCUCAGGAAUAUCUUAAAACCAUUGUAGCAUCGUCAUUGUAUGAAUUGGUCAGAAAAAUCCAGAAGGGCCUUCUUGCGCCCCCUUGGAUUGCCUUAUCUGAAAAAUCACGAAAUCAAUUCGAGAUAUUGAGCAGAGGAAUCGAUCCAAAUGAAGGAUUUGUGUUUAGCAUAGCAUAUAGUUAUGGCAGCACCAAACUGAACAGACGAUUUCACCAAAUUCUGAACAUUUCUCAAAAAAAAAAAAAAAUUCUUCUCCUGUUAAAGUUGUCGAUGAUUUCAACGCAAUAUCAAUUCAUUUUCUAGGAUGUGUUCCAUCGUAUAAAGUGGCAAAAUACGUUGAAUGUGGCUUGCAUAAUUUUAAAAUCAGAAAUGUGAAAAAAACCUAAAAAUGAAAAAUCAUCGAUUUUCAACAUUCUAUAUGAGGAAUAUGGAAGAUAACAAAACCGUUUCGAGAUAUUGGCUUGAACGUUCGGAAAAAAACUCUUAAUAGAAAAAUAGAAAAAAAUCCCUGGAAUACGGAAGCGUUAGAAUUUUUUCAAUUUUGUAAUACGUUUUUCGAACACUUGGUGUAUAAUGACAGAAAAACUCCCGACGAGUUUGUAACAAGGAAACUUGAACAGAAAGAUCGCAUCUUCCAAAUACUGCAUUCCGAUUGAAAAUCCAUUCAUUUUCUGAAUAUAUAUGGCAGUUUGAAAAUUUUCGAAAAUUUCAGUGGUCCACUUGUUUCUUUGAGCACUUUGGAUACCUUUCUGCCAGAACAUAGUUAGUGACAUUUCUUCAGAAAAUGAGUUUUUGAUAGUAUCGUAAAGUCUGGGCCAUAAAGAAGGUCCCGCCAGAGUAUCAUAAGCUGAAUACGCAUAGUUUGGCAGUAAUUCAACUUUUAUAUGACUGUGACCUGCAGACUAUCGUAACGUCAGCAUCACGUGGUACCAAUCCUGUUGCUAACAAGCGGUUCUGUGCUAUUGAUCAUUUUAGAACACGGAAAACGAUCCCACUAAUUCUGGUUUUCUAUGACAGAUCUUGACAAAAUACAAUGUUUGUCCCUCAGCAACCUGUCAAAUGACGUAAUUCUGGAAUGACUAAUACGAUAUUUUUCUAUUUGUUGUUUGUGAAUGUGGUGGCAACGUAAGUAACAAAAUUUUCUAAUAAACUCACAGAAAUAGAGAAAAUUCGACUAUACUUUAAUGAAAAUAAACAUUUAUUCAAGACACUUUCAGAUCAAUGCAACUGACCACAUUAGAUAGAUUGUAUAAACUGCUCCACAUUUGAAGAGAGACAAGCAAAAACUUCUAUCAUUUUCGAACCGUCAUAACUUGGAGGGGAUCAAGCAAUUUUCAAUUCCUUUCAACAUUCUGAUAGCUCAUUCCAUUAGGUACAACGUCAGUACUUUUUUGUUAUUCCACCUCUUCGACAUGAAGACCUACUGGGUGAUAAUUUUCGAAAAGUUUGGGAUCACCCCGUUUCACCUGAAAUUUUUUUUAUGCUUUAUUGAGGGCGAUAAAAUGACGAACAAUGAGUUUUCUCGAAAUGGUUUUGAAUUCAAGAGGAUUCAUACAGGAUGUUUGAAUGUAUGGAAUUUUUCACAACAUAUUGCAUUCUGAUAUGUUCAACCACCAUAAACUCAACUUCAAUAAAAGUUCACAUUGGCAUAUCUUCAACGCCAUUACUACACAAUGUGUUGUAUAUUUUCCAAUAUAUGGGAUGUAGAAAUAAAUUGAAAUAUUAUGAAAAAAAUGCCGUUAAUAAUUAUUAUCAACACAAUAUUUAUAAUGAAAAAAUGAAAAGUAUAUAAAAUUGACAUGAAUCGUUGCCCCACGUUAGUUAUCUUGAGAGAUAGUAUGAAUACUCUUCGGUAUCAAUAACACAUUCAUUGUAGGGAAUCUCAAACCCAGUAUUGUUAAAUUCGUUAUGAUACUCCCUAACCACAUAUGGCAUAAAAUACAGGAUGUCCCAUGCGAAAAUUGAAAGAUGGAGUCGUUUCUGGUCAAACCGGGAAGUGAUGGGAGAGUACAGAAUUUCGAAAAAUUUACCAAUCCUCGAAUUCUACACCCCUGCCAAAUUCGAAUCUCAUACCUCUGGAAAUCUGGAAAUCAUGGUUUGUCUGAAGAAUUCGAUGAUACCCGGUAUGUUUGAAAAUGUACAACACAUUGUAUAGUGGUAGCGUUGAGUAGGGUGAGCUAAUCUAAAGUUCUGUUGUUGAGUUUAUGUUGGUUGAACAUCAGAAUGCAAUAUAUUGUGAAAAAUGCCAUAUAUCACAACUUCCUGUAUGGAUCUUUGGGAAUCGGAAAGCAUUUCGAGAAAACUCAUUAUCUUCAUCUUAUCGCCCUCAAUGAAACAUAAUAAAAAUCCCUGCCAAACGGGGCGAUCUCAAACUUGCCGAAAAUUGCAAUAUAAUGUGGAAAAUUCCAUACAUCGAAACAUCCUGUAUGAAUCCUCUUGAAUUCAAAACCAUUUCGGGAAAACUUAUUCGCCCUCAAUAAGACAUAAAAAAAAUCCCAGUGAAACGGGGUGAUCCCAAACUUUUCGAAAAUUAUCACAUUUUCAGAUAUCACCCUGUAGCUCUUCAUGUCGAAAAGGUGGAAUAACAAGAAAGUACUGACGUUUUACUCAACGGAGGGACCUAUCAGAAUCUUGAAAGAAAUUGAAGAUUGGUUGAUCCAAUCCAAAGUUAUGACGGUUUGAAAAUGGUAGAAAUUUUUGCUUGUCUCACCGCUGAAAUAUUAUAAACUCUAACAUUCAGUAAUUUUGACUCUGUGAGACAGUCAUAGAAAAAUUGCAUAGUUCAGAAAUAGCUUUAUUAUAAAAAUAUCAAAACGAAUGAGGUCAAUAUUUUUUUCAAUAAUAAUUAACAAUACUUCAACGAGAACAAAAAAUAUCAUAAAUCAACACCUCUCAAACACUUUGUAAAGGUUCGGAAGAUUGGCUAUCUCUAAAAUAGCCCCAUUUUCCGUAAAACUCUUCGGCGGAAUGAAAUAGUUCUUUAUCGCCGGAAACAAAACGAACUCCGUGACCCACUGCCAGCUUUUUCCAUUUUGAUUGAUCUCAUUGGGCACUUCGGCAUAGAAUUUGGAUGUUUCUCUAGCAAAAGAUUCGAAAAAUUCUUUCUCAGAGUCCCAAUUCACUUCCGUGGCCAAUCGAAUCACGUACAUGGGCAGCGAUUUGGGGUCUGGCAAAUAGUCCUCUGGAAGGAAUUUCGAUGAUCAGCGAUACAAAUACUAUGUAC